CUUGGCAAAGCUGGUACACCUUAUGCAUGGUCUGUCCAGCAGUCAAACCCCUUACCGCGCAACCAAAUGCCCAACGCUGGUCUUGUCUUUGACACCCUGCUCUACAGAGACAAGUUUAUCGAGCAUCCCCAGGGCCUGUCCUCCCUCAUGUUCUCCUUUGCAGCACUUGUCAUCCACAGU